CCAGUCGUUCAGCAUUGUCGUCGUAGAGAUGUGACGAACUACUUACUUCCUCUGACUUCGUGAUGCCAGUGUUGUUCUAGUUUUAGUUGACCUGGUGUGGUGUGGUGUGGUGUGGUCACUAACUAGCAGUUCACUUCGUUCCGUUCCUGACCAACUGGUAACCAGCUGCUACCAGACGCCUGGACGUCAAGCAAGCAAAGACUGAAAGAAAGCUUGCUACCGAUACUACUCCGGCGUAUGAAGAGGACUUUUGGACCUACUGCUGGGGCAUUCUGAACCUAGAUACAGCUGGCUCUGGUGCUGCUGCUUCUCUCUACACUGUCAGUCCAGUCCAAGUCCCUUACUUCCCGUUCCAGGAUACUUGUAGAUGAGAGCCCUCGCUAGUCAUAACCACGCACACACUAGUCCGUAGUAAUCAGUAAGGCAUUGCCAUAGCAAGUACACUGGGUAGAUCUACCACAAACUCCAGCAGCGCUUCUUGACUUGAACCUGUUUGCUCCAGUGCAUACCGAUGUGUGUGUAGUGUGCUCGGAUCAUCCAGUCCAGAACAUUAUUCCAGCACCUGGAUUUGUGUUUCGAAUCUGUGCUACAGUACAGUGGCUAUUCUUGACUGGAACCUUGCUGGACGCCUGAGCAGGGUCACACUCGCAGUCACAGGGUUACAGAGCCUUCGAGCAGUAGCAUUGGUGGACCGCAUCGCUGUUCCACGACCAACCGUAAUUGCGCAGGCUGAACGCAGAGGGACCAAGAGGUGUAGACGGCCAAGAGGUGUGAGUCCACCUUGCCAGUCGCUAACAGACACGCCAUAGUGCGCUGCCUGUUGGGAGUCCUGCUAGCUAGCUGUGGGUCACGCCGGAGCUGAGCUGCUGGCAAGAUCUCUCGCGCUCGCUCUCCUUCCCGCGCUGUCUCCUUCUUCGCUUCUCCUCCAGCUCUGUCCGGGAACCGAGGAGGUUCGUGUGUGAUGCGGUGACAGGGCGCUGCAGACUCAUCUGUAGACUUGUAGUCUCCAGUUCUCACCUUCAACAGCAGACAGCUUGACGUGAGGGCGGUUCACACGAAGUAUGAGCGAGCGGCAGACUGCCCAGGCGCAGGCGACUGUCCUGGUGUACGACGACAAAGUGAAGAAAUGGACGCCAGCCCAGCAGCAGAACACGCCAUCUGCAGUGCAGCUUUUCGUCAACGACUCGACGGCCCAGUCCAGAAUCGUGGGCAGGAGGAUGUCGGACAUGCAGGUCACCGUCAAUACACAGCUUUAUAAAGGCAUGGUGUUCAACGCCGCUUCUAAGACUUUCUAUCAAUGGAGAGAUCCAAGGAACGUGUAUGGCCUGAACUUUCAAGAUCCGCAGGUUGCAGCAACCUUUGCCAGUGCCGUUGGAGACGCUCUGAAGCAACUGACAGGUGGUGGUGGACAGCAGCAGCAGCAGCAGCAGCCUCCACCACCGGCCAGGUCACAACCACCGGCACAGCCAGCACGUCAACAGGCUGCUCCGGCCGCGGCGCCACAACCACCGCCGCAGCAGCCACAGCGUGCCCCCGCGCCGCCAGCAGCACCCCCGGUCCCAGCCGCAGCGCCCACGCCACCCCCAGCUCCAGCCGGUCCACCUGCACCGCCUGCUCCAGGGCCAGGCGGUCCACCGGCACCUCCGCCUCAAGGACCACCUGUACCACCGCCCGGAGGUGGAGGUGGUGGCGGCGGCGGUGGUGGACCACCUCCACCACCGGGCCCCCCUCCACCGAUGGCUAGUAAUGGCCCGCCCGGACCUCCUCCACCACCGUCAUUGUCUGGGAGUGGUGGUGGUGGUGGUGGACGUGGCGGUGGCAGCGGCAGUGGACUAGCCGGAGCUCUAGGAGCAGUCAAACUGAAGAAAUCCGACACGCCUGUGAGUCCUCUUGGCAAGAAAGAAACUAUUACUAACUCUUGUAGUUGCAACUACCCACUCUCAAAAAUGUGUGCUUGAGCGCAAAGCAACCAG